AUGACAGAUCAACUAGUUGAAUCAAAGAAAACACCUAUGUCACUUAAGAGACAAAGGUAUAAUAUGCUGGUAUCCAUUAGAGACCGGACAAAGGAUCAAGAAAAUAUUUAUCAAGCACAAAUUCAACAGCUAUGCAAUUCUUUACCUGAAGAAUUGGUUGGUUUAUCCAGUAUGGAAGAAUAUGACAGAAAAGUGAAGGCGAUUUUAAGAGAAGAGAAGGCUCAAAAGGAGAAGGAACAAGAAGAACAAGAAGAAGAACAAGGAGAAAAGAGUGAGAAGAAAAAAUUAUUGAACCCCAAUGAACCGGAAUCUGCUCUUGAAGAUAAUAGUAAGAGUGCAUCUACCCGAUCCCUAACGAAUGUCAGUGGUGUUAUUUCACCAGGUAGUGCAAAACCACAAUCAUCUAAUUGGGUUAAAGAAAAAAUGUUAGAAGGAAAAAAGACUGUUCCAGGGAAAUAUGAGAGGAAGGAGGGAAGAGCAGCAUCUCCAUUAGGUAAAGUGACCGCUAUGACAGAUGGAAACCAUAAUAAGGGAGAACAGGAUUCCUUUAGUGGAUUUUCUCAAAAAUCAACAGAGGAUAAACCGUUAGACACUGGUUUGUUUAAAGAAGUGUUUUAA